CCGCUAACAAAAUCUAGAACCCUCUGAACCCUCCACAUUCCUCCAGAUCGAAUAAUAACCUAGCUCUGCACACCGCCCAGCCACCAGUGGCAGCAGGAGCAGGGGUCGGAACAAGAUGGUGGUGACGGCGGCCGGCAGCGCGGAGGAGGCUGUGCGGCGGUGGGUGGACGCCGCCGGAGGACGCCUCGUCCUCGACGGCGGGCUGGCCACGGAGCUCGAGGCCAACGGCGCCGACCUCAACGACCCGCUCUGGAGCGCUAAGUGCCUCCUCUCCUCCCCGCACCUCAUCCGCAAGGUCCACAUGGACUAUCUGGAAGCUGGCGCAAACAUUAUAAUCACAGCAUCGUAUCAGGCCACUAUUCAAGGGUUUGAAUCAAAGGGUUUUUCAAAAGAACAGAGUGAAAACUUACUAACAAAGAGUGUCGAGAUUGCACUGGAAGCUCGUGAGAUGUUCUUGAAGGAACAUCUGGAGAAGUCCACUCCUAUACAGCACCCGGUUCUGGUCGCAGCGUCUUUAGGGAGUUAUGGAGCUUAUCUUGCCGAUGGCUCCGAGUACAGUGGGGAUUAUGGUGAAGCUGGUACGAAAGAGUUCCUGAAAGAUUUCCAUCGGCGGAGGCUCCAGGUUCUUGCGGAAGCAGGCCCCGAUUUGAUUGCUUUCGAAACGAUUCCCAACAAACUGGAAGCUGAGGCGUAUGUCGAACUUCUCGAGGAGUGCAACAUCAAUAUCCCUGCAUGGUUUUCCUUCAACUCAAAAGAUGGAGUGCAUAUUGUGAGCGGUGACUCGUUAAUCGAAUGCACUACUAUUGCUGACAAGUGUGCAAAGGUUGGUGCGGUCGGGAUAAACUGCACACCUCCAAGAUUUAUCCAUGGACUGAUACUCUCCAUUCGAAAGGUCACGGACAAGCCCAUUCUGAUAUAUCCCAACAGUGGCGAAAGAUACGAUGGUGAAAAAAAGGAGUGGGUGGAAUCCACUGGUGUGUCAGAUGGUGAUUUUGUUUCUUAUGUGAACGAGUGGUGCAAAGACGGGGCUGUGCUUAUCGGUGGCUGCUGCAGGACAACUCCAAACACUAUCAGGGCCAUACACAGAACUCUGAACAAAAGCCCCAACAAGCAGCAGUUACCUGCUGUAGAAUAAGAGCUGUGCUCUACUCUGAUGCGCCCGCCUUCCUCCUAGCAGUACCUCGAGGCUAUAACUCCAUGAUUCCGUAACCGUACGUGUUCGUUCUCUUGCAAACGAGAUGUUUGUAAAUAACGCUGUAUUUCUGGGUUCUGAGAUAUGCAACUUGGAUGGAGGUACAACCGGUGAAGGGGGGUGAGGAAGCAGCAACAAUGGUAAGAGUUCUACUACUGAGUGGGGGAAAAACAACUUGCGGCUGGGUUAGUGAAGCUUAGUAGCUACCACUAUUCAAGAGUUAAAGGGAGUUCGUAUGACAGUUCCUCUGGAGAUGUUAUCUUCAAAGUCUUAUAUCACUGCUACUUGUGAGCUGUGUUAAAACCUAUAUAUAUAAGUUUUGUUUGA